UCUGCCUCAACUAAACCUUCCACUUCUGACACCAUGUGCUACUUUGGCAACUUCUAUCGUGGCCUGGGCUAUGGCUAUGGUGGCCUUGGCUAUGGCUACGGUGGCCUGGGCUAUGGCUACGGUGGCCUGGGCUGUGGCUGUGGUGGCUAUGGUUACACCUGCUAUCGCCCGUGCUGCUAUGGAAGAUACUUGUCUGGCUACUACUAAGGAAUUCUGAUUGCUUCUCGUUUUGCUUCAUUUGCUGAUACAGCACUGGAAAUAUCAACAGUUAUCUCUCCAAAUUUCUCCAGAUUUAAUCAUUGAUUAUAAUGAAUCAUACCUAUAUUGAUUGAUGGAAAUUACAACACUUAAGGGAAUUAUCCUUUGAUAUUUUGUUAGUAUCACAUUGGUUGGCAUGUAAUAAUCACAUGUA